AUGUACAAAACUCAAAUACAGGACUUCAAAAAACCAAUCAAAGUAAUUGGAGUUUUAGCGUUGCAAGGUGCAUUUCUAGAGCAUACAAACCAUUUGAAAAAGUGCCUGGCUAAGAAUGACUACGAAGUAAAAAUAGAAAUAAUAGCUGUAAAAACUCCUGAUGAACUAAACCAGUGCGAUGCUCUUAUUAUUCCCGGCGGGGAGUCGACGUCAAUUUCCCUUAUCUCUCAAAGGACAGGCUUAUACCCUUGUUUGUAUGAAUUCGUUCACAGCCCAGAAAAGGUGAUCUGGGGCACUUGUGCCGGUCUCAUCUUUUUAAGCGCACAUUUGGAGAACGAAAACGCCCUGGUAAAGACGUUAGGUGUGCUAAAAGUCGACGUGAGAAGAAAUGCAUUUGGAAGACAAGCUCAAUCAUUUACACAAAUGUGUGACUUUUCGAAUUUUAUACCUGAUUGUCAUGAUUUUCGUGCUACUUUUAUUCGUGCACCUGUGAUUGAUAAGAUUCUGGAUCCCGCCGCUGUCAAAAGUUUAUAUGAAUUGCCAAUGAAUGGAAAGAAUGUGAUUGUAGCUGCACAACAAGGUGAUAACAUACUUGUGACUUCUUUUCAUCCAGAACUGUCUGAAAAUGAUAUAAGAUUUCAUGAUUGGUUUAUUAGACAAUUUGUUUCUAAUUGA